AUGGACCAGAACCUGUUUGGAGGGGCCCCCAGGUUUCUAACGCGGCCCAAGGCCUUCGCAGUGUGCGUGGGAAAGGAUGCCACCUUGAGCUGCACCAUUGUGGGCAACCCCACCCCACUGAUUACCUGGGAAAAGGAGAAGCUACGUCUGACCUCUGGGGGCCGCUUCAAGAUGGUGGAUGAUGGUGACGUCUACCGCCUCACCAUCUACGAUCUAACCCUGGAGGACAGCGGCCAGUACAUGUGCCGGGCCAAAAACAAUGUUGGGGAAGCAUAUGCAUGCGUAACCCUUCACGUAGGCCUUCCACAGGAGAUGGUGGAGAGGGCCCCCGUCUUCAUGGUUAAGCCUACCUCCGCACGAGUAGGCCUGGGGGGUGACGUGGUCUUCCACUGCCGGGUUGCGGCUUACCCAGAGCCCAAAUUUGACUGGGAGAAGGACGGGCGUUACCUGGCCGAGACGAACCGCAUCAAGGUGACAUCGGACAGUGACAGCAGCUCUCUGAGGAUCCAGAGCGUGCGCAGCCUGGACAGCGGCACAUACACUUGCCGCGCCCAGAAUUUGGUAGGCCGCUCUAACUCCGCCGCCACCUUGGUUAUAGACACCCAGGACUCCCGUCACCUGGGCAAGGACAAGAGCACCUCCCUCCUCUCCCACCUCCAGAAGCGUAAAGAAGGGAUCUCUAGCAGCGCAGCGCUGGUCAGUCAUCUGCCCAAAGGCGUCUUCACCCGCACCUGCACAGUGACUGAAGGCAAGCACGCCAAACUCAGCUGCUUCGUGACGGGCCACCCCAAGCCUCACAUCAUCUGGAGGAAGGAUGGGGGGAACAUUGGCGAGGGACGCAGACAGAUCAUGUAUGAGGACCAGGCUGAGAACUUCAUCCUCAAGAUCCUGUACUGCAAACAGAGGGACAAUGGUCUGUACACCUGUAACGCCUCCAAUAUGGCUGGACACACCUACAGCGCCGUGCUGGUGAUAGUUAAAGAGCCCAAGGUGCCGUUCAGGAGGAAGCUGCAGGAUGUGGAGGUCCAGGAGAAGAUGACGGCCACGCUGCUGUGUGAGGUUCCCAUCUCCACCACCCAGGCCAGCUGGUUCAUGGAGGAGACGCGACUGGAGGACUGCUCCAAGUACCGAAUGGAGGAGGAGGGCACCAUGCGGCGCCUCACCAUCCACAACGUCACCACCAAUGAUGAUGCCGUCUACAUCUGCGAGAUGAAGGAGGGGAGCCGCACUGUGGCUGAGCUCACUGUGCUGGGCAACAUCACUAAGAAGCUGCCCAGGAGGACUGUAGUGCCAGUGAGUGAUACAGUGAUCUUCUGCGUUGAGCUGGAGCACCCCUGUUCUGACGCCUACUGGACACGCAAUGCCGAGCGUCUGAAGCCGGACACACGCAUAUUAAUUGCGUGCACCCUCAGGCAAUACACUUUAACCAUCAGCCACUGCCAAGCUGACGACUCAGGAGAGGUGGCCUUCAUGGCUGGAGACUGCAAGACCUCCACAAGAUUCUCUGUCACAGCUGCCAGAAAGCAUCCUCCUGAUCCCCCCAUCGAUGUGGUGGUGCGCAACAAGACUGACUCAUCCAUCACCCUCCACUGGUCCCCCCCAGACAGUGACCGCCCUGUGCCCAUCAAGGGGUACAUGGUAGAGAGGAGGAAGGUGGGUGCCCAGACCUGGCAGAGGUGCAAUGGCAUGGAGAUCAGCCUCUUUACUGAGAUCACGAUCCAGAACUUCACAGAGGAGGCCAGCUACCAGUUCCGCAUUUCUGCAGUCAACAACUAUGGCCAGAGCCAAUACCUGGAGGUUCCCGGGACCUUCUACCUUGAGCCCAGUGCAGAGGUGAAAACAGGCCUGAUGAACAGCACAGCCAUCUCAGGUGAGGAGGCCUCACUCUCCGUGGAUCUGUCUGCCGUGUGCUCUGGCGUCUGGUCUAUCAACGGACGCCUCCUGCGUAGUGGUGGUGACUACCUCAUCACCCGCCAAAAGACCACACACACGCUGAUGAUCCGGACGGUCUUGAUGGAGAUGAACGGAGCCGUGGUCAAAUUUGUGGGCGGUGGCUCUGAGAGCACUUGUAUACUCAAAGUGAAGGCUCCACCUAUCCGGUUCACCAGUAAGUCUGCUCACACUGAGGUGGUGACCUGCAGCGCCCAGUCCUCCGCCCAGCUGACCACAGAGGUGUCUGAUUACCAUGCCCAGGUGGUCUGGAUGAAGAAUGGACGGGAGCUGAAGAUGGGCAAGAAGUAUGAGUGCAUAACCACUGACCACAAGAGGAUCCUGAUGGUACACAAUGUCACUGAAGAGGACACGGGAAUCUAUGAGUGUGUCCUAAACGAAGACAGAAUGUCCCUGACGCUUUCUCUAAAAGAUGAAGCAAAAUUCCUGAACAAGCCCAGGGGUCCCAUGGGGGUGGCACCUGCCCUCAGCGGGGACCUUGAGUUGAACUGUGAGGUAUCAUCUGCCAGCGGGGUGGUGGUGUGGAGGAAGGAUCAGACAGUGGUCAUUGAGGACCAAAGAACUACCAUUGUCUCCAAAGGGACACAGAGGAGACUGGUCAUCAAGAACGCCAAGAAGAGUGACGAGGGACACUACUCCUGCGAGACAGCGGAAGACAAAGUCACAUUCCAGGUCAAGAUAAAAGAAGUUCAACAGGCUGCCUUCACCAACAAGGACUCUGUACAGAAGGAAGUGAGAGCUACUCUCUCCCAGAAAGCCACUCUGAGCUGUGAGGUGUCAGAUACCAAGACAGAGGUGAAAUGGUACAAGGAUGGCAAACAGAUCAUUGCAAGUAAAACAGUUUCCAUGGAGACAAAGGGCAAGAGUCGUCAGUUGGUAGUAGACAAAAUGGAGAAAAAGGAUGCUGGAGAGUACACCUGUGAAGCUAGAGCAGAGAAGCUGGUCUUUAAAAUACAUGUGUCAGAAGCCCAACAGGCUGCCUUCACCAAUAAGGACUCUGUACAGAGAGAGGUGAAAGCUACUCUCUCCCAGAAAGCCACUCUGAGCUGUGAGGUGUCUGAUACCAAGACGGAGGUGAAAUGGUACAAGGAUGGCAAACUGCUGACUUCCAGUAAGACCGUCUCCAUGGAGACAAAGGGCAAGACUCGUCAGCUGGUGAUAGAGAAGGUAGAGAAGAAGGAUGCUGGACAGUACACCUGUGAGGUUGGAGCAGAGAAACUGGUCUAUGAGAUACAGGUGACAGAAGCCCAGGCUACCUUCUCCAAUAAGGACUCUGUACAGAGAGAGGUGAGAGCUGCUCUCUCCCAGAAAGCCACUCUGAGCUGUGAUGUGUCAGAUACCAAGACGGAGGUGAAAUGGUACAAGGAUGGCAAACUGCUGACUUCCAGUAAGUCAGUCUCCAUGGUGACAAAGGGCAAGACUCGUCAGCUGGUGAUAGAGAAGGUGGAGAAGAAGGAUGCUGGAGAGUACACCUGUGAGGUUGGAGCAGAGAAACUGGUCUUUAAGAUACAUGUGACAGAAGCACAUCAGGCUGCCUUCACCAAUAAGGACUAUAUACAGAAAGAGGUGAAAGCUACUCUCUCCCAGAAAGCCACUCUGAGCUGUGAGGUGUCUGAUACCAAGACGGAGGUGAAAUGGUACAAGGAUGGCAAACUGCUGACUUCCAGUAAGACCGUCUCCAUGGAGACAAAGGGCAAGACUCGUCAGCUGGUGAUAGAGAAGGUGGAGAAGAAGGAUGCUGGACAGUACACCUGUGAGGUUGGAGCAGAGAAACUGGUCUAUAAGAUACAGGUAACAGAAAUGAAGGAUGCUUUCUCCAAUAAGGACUCUGUACAGCAGGAAGUGAAAGCUAAUCUCUCCCAGAAAGCCACUCUGAGCUGUGAGCUGUUAGAUACCAAGACAGAGGUGAAAUGGUACAAAGAUGGCAAGCUACUGACUUCCACUAAGACAGUCCACAUGUUGUCAAUGGGCAAAGCUUGUCAGCUUGUGAUAGCAAAUGUGCAGAAAAAGGAUGCUGGAGAGUACACCUGUGAGGCUGGAGCAGAGAAAUAUGAAACUCAAGCAGCUUUCACCAAUAAGGACUCUGUACAGACGGAGGUGAAAGCUACUCUCUCACAGAAAGCCACUCUGAGCUGUGAGGUGUCUGACACCAAGACGGAGGUGAAAUGGUACAAGGAUGGCAAACUGCUGACUUCCAGUAAGACCGUCUCCAUGGAGACAAAGGGCAAGACUCGUCAGCUGGUGAUAGAGAAGGUGGAGAAGAAGGAUGCUGGAGAGUACACCUGUGAGGUUGGAGCAGAGAAGCUGGUCUUUAAGAUACAGGUGACAGAGGUCCAGGCUGCCUUCACCAAUAAGGACUCUGUACAGAAGGAGGUGAAAGCUACUCUCUCCCAGAAAGCCACUCUGAGCUGUGAGGUGUCUGAUACCAAGACGGAGGUGAAAUGGUACAAGGAUGGCAAACUGCUGACUUCCAGUAAGACAGUCUCCAUGGAGACAAAGGGAAAGACUCGUCAGCUGGUGAUAGAGAAGGUGGAGAAGAAGGAUGCUGGACAGUACACCUGUGAGGUUGGAGCAGAGAAGCUGGCCUUUAAGAUACAGGUGACAGAAUCCUCUGCCAAGUUUAAAAAGACUGCCAUGAAGGAUAUAUGCAGUGUUCAAGCAAGUGAGAAGAUUGUUUUGACCACUGAGCUGACUUCGGAGAGUGCCAGUGUCAAGUGGUUCAGGGAUGGAGUAGAGUUGAAGGAAGGCACUAAAUAUGAGAUGAAGAGAGAGGGACAUUCUCGUACCCUGAUUGUGAAGUCCACCGAAGUCAAAGACAGUGGCACCUACUCUUGCCACACUGAUGAUGACAAGCUUGAGUUCAAAGUUCAAGUCAAACAUACACCGCUGAAGUUUGUGGUGCAGUUGCAGCCUGUAGCCACAGAGCUGGGUGUUACGCUGACCCUGACCUGUGAACUGAACCAAGCCUCAGGGGACGUACUCUGGCGCCAAAACAGUCGUGAGGUCAAACCCGGUGGCAGGUUCUGUGUCAGCACUGACGGUGCCAAGCGGGUCCUUACCAUAACAGGAAUGACCAAAGAGGAUGAGGGAGAGUACAUCUGUGAAUGCAAAGAUGAUAAGACCUCUGCCAAGGUCUCCACCAACGCCCCCAGACUGGUGAAUCUGACUUCCAAGCUGAGCAGCAUCGCUGCAGUGGAAGGGAAGGAUGUCAUCUUUAAGUGUAGUGUCACCCCAGCAGACGUCAAAGUAAAAUGGUUCCGCAACAACGUGCCAAUCACUGCUGGGCCCAAGUAUAAGAUUGAGCACGGGGCCACCAGCCACUCCCUCACCAUCACGUCAGUCAGUCAGGAGGAUGCUGGGGAGAUCCGUAUGGCAGCUGAGGGCAAAACCUGCAGCGGUACCCUCCAAGUGCAACUGGAGCCGGUGAUGUUCAAGAAGAAGCUGCAGAACGUGACGACGGUAGAGGAUCAGAAGGGAGUGAAGCUGGAGGUGGAGCUUAGUAGACCCUCUAAAGAGGUCAGGUGGAUGAAGAACAGUGUGGUGCUGCAGCCCGGAGGCAACAUGGACAUCAGGGUGGACGGGGCCAAGCAGACCCUGGUCUUCAAGAGUGUGACUACCGCUGACCGCGGCUAUUACUCCUGUGAAACUCUGGAUGACAAGACCCAGGCCAAACUCACUGUGGAUGUGCAGAAGAUUGAGGUGGUGAAGGGCCUGCUGGCCGAGGUCAAGGCCAAUGAGAAGGAAACAGUGACCCUGGAGGUGGAGCUCAGUCAAGCUGACGUGGAGGGAUCCUGGACCAGGAGCGGAGCCAAGCUCAAGGCAGGGUCCAACUGUCGCAUCACGGCCCUUGGAAAGAAGCAUGCCCUUACACUGUCCCAACUCAAGAUGGAGGACGCAGGAACGAUUGUCUUCCAAGCGGAAGGGGUCAAGUCUUCUGGCAAGCUCAUUGUUGAAGAACCUGCUGCCAUGAUCUCUAGGCCCAUGGAGGAUGUCAAAGCUCCAGAGAAGGAAAAGGCAACACUUGAGUGUGAGGUGUCCAGAACCAAUGCUGAGGUCAAGUGGUUCAAGGGUGAUACGGAACUAAAACCAGGAAAGAACUUUGGCAUCCACUCCCAGGGUCGCACACGUAGCCUCCUCAUCCAUAAAUGUUCCAAAGAGGAUGAGGGCACAUACGUUUGUCGAAUGUCUGACGACAAUACAUCAGCCAAACUCACUGUACAUGCCCGAGACAUUAAGAUAGUGAAGAAGCUGGAGGAUGUGGAGGUGAUGGAGAAGGAGAGUGCGUCAUUCAUGUGUGAGAUCUCUCACGAUGAUGUGGCCUGCCAGUGGUUCAAAGGAGACACCAAACUCAAAGUCGGUGACAACAUCAAGAUGAGACAAGAGGGUAAAAUCUAUGUGCUGCUGAUUAAAUCGGUGACACCAGAAGACGUGGCGGAGAUUAAAUUCACAGCUGAAAAGGCCUCUUCAACAGCCAAACUGACAGUGAAAGAGCUCCCUGUCCAGUUUGUGAAGAAGCUCAGGGAUAAGUUAGCCAUGCAUACACACCGUGGGUUCCUGGAAUGUCAAAUGUCUCGGGCAAGUGCCAAGGUCAAGUGGUACAAGAACAAGAAGGAGAUCAAGCCCAGCAAGAAGCACGAGAUUAGCAGCAAGAGUAUAAACCGCAAACUCACCAUCAAUGACGUGGGCUCGGACGACGAGGAUAAUUACACCUGCAACGACGACGACAAGACAUCCUGUAAACUUGUUGUGGAAGAGCAGGCCAUCAGCAUCGUUCUAGAGCCCAUUAAGGAUGCGACAGCCAAAGAGAAGGGCUCAGCCACGCUGAGCUCCAAGUUCUCCACCGCACCCAAAGAGGUGAGCUGGUUCAAAGGCCAAACCCUCCUGGCGACAUCAGACAAGUACAGCCUGAAACAGGACGCUGUGCGGGCUAAGUUGACCAUACAGAAGCUGACUGAGGAAGACACUGGGGAAUACCGCUGUCAGUCGACUGCUGCCAAGACCAAAGCCACUCUCACUGUAGAGUUUCGGAAAGUGGAGAUCACCAAGCACCUGGUGGACACUGAGGUGGAUGAGGACAGUGAUGCAGUGUUCACCUGUGAGAUCAACUACGCUGAUGAGGAGGUGCAUUGGCUGCUCAGUGACAAAGUACUCUUCUCCAACGAAGUCAACACCAUCACUCAGGUGGGCAAAAUGCACACGCUCACACUCAAGAACCUUGCACCUGAGGAUGGGGGCACCAUCACCUUCAAGCGUGCAGUGUUCCUCAAGUCUCUGGAUGACGUGGUGGGAGAAGUGAAAGGUAUGAUCACCCUGACGUGUGAGGCAUCCAAGCCCAGGGUCUCCCCCACCUGGAGGAAAGAUGGUACGUUCCUGACCGCUGGGUCUAAGUAUGAGGUUCUGCACACAGGCAAGUCCCUGGGUCUGAUCGUCAAAGCCGUUACCAAGGAAGACGCAGGGGAUUACAGAUUACUGAGCUUUCCAAGUCAAAGGUCACUGUGAGAGGUCCUUUACGUAGACAUGAGCACAGGUAUCACCAAGCAGUUGAAGUCUGUGGAGGCAAUGGAGGGAGAGACAUGUAGCUUUCAGUGUAUUCUAUCAUGGGAGAGCACUGACGAGUGUGCCUGGAACUUGAAUGGCCAGACUGUGGCAAAUGGAGGACGCUUCCAGGUCUCCAGUACAAGUUGCAAACACAUGCUGGUUAUCAGGGACGUGACACCAGCCGAUACUGGUGAGGUGGUUUUCAACAUCAAGAACCUGAACUCCAAGUCGACCCUAGCUGUUGAAGGCAAAGCCCAAUCUGUGUCACGGGAGCUGCAGAGCGCCAGCGUUGUCUCAGGGGAGGAUGCUGUGUUCACCUGUGAGGUCACACAGACCAGCGCCACCGUCCAGUGGGCCAAAGAUGGGAAGGACAUCCGGAAGAGUGAGAAGUAUAACAUCAGCAAAGAGGAGAGGGUCAUGAAGUUGACCGUCCGCAGCGUCACUGUCCAGGACUCUGGAGAAUAUAGUUGUGAGGUCAUCGGAGGAGCCACUACCAAGGCCAAGCUGGUGAUCAAAGAGCCAGUCCACAAGUUCACCAAGGAGCUGAAGGACAGUGAGGCGGAAGAAAAGGGCUCAGUGACUCUACAGUGUGAGACGGCCCAGCCUGCCUCCAAGGCCACCUGGUCCAAGGGAGGCAUAGAGCUCAAGGCCGGGGGACGCUGCGAGAUGACCCAAAAGGAGACCGUUCUCACACUUACCAUUAAACAACUGGAGGAGAAAGACAGCGGAACUUACACCUGUGACGUGGGAACCGCCAAGAUGACGGCUAAGGUGACAGUCAAAGGUCAGACAGUGCUCAUAGUAGAGCCACCCCAGGACGUUGAGUGUUUUGAGGGGGACUCUGCCAUGUUUAGGUGCCUUGUAAGCCCGCCUGACCUGACCCAUCAGGUGCAGUGGUGCCUAGACCAAACCCCUCUGCAGCCCAGCCCCCUCAAUGAGAUCCAGGUACCUCAGGGGGGUUUCCACUCCCUCACCAUGAGGGAGCUGACCCCUAUGAAUUCAAGCACAAUCUCUGUGGUGGUUGGGGAAAAGAGAGUGUACGCUUCGCUAAUGAUCAAAGCCUUGCCUGCCAGCUUUAAACAGAAGCUGAAGAACCAGCAGGCCACGGAAGGAGAGAAUGCUACUCUCUGCUGUGUGUUAGCCAAACCUGGAGCCAAGGUUCAGUGGAAGAAAGGCACUGAGAAUCUCAAAGCUGGAAACAAAUAUGAGAUUAAGCAAAAAGAUGCGUGCUUUGAGCUUCAGAUAAAACAUCUGAAGGUUGAAGACAGUGGAGAGUAUUCCUCGUUACCUGUGACCUUCAAACACAAGCUGGAAAGCCAGGAGGCUGAGGAAGGGGGCAGUGUUACCCUGCACUGUGAGCUUUCUAAACCUGGAGUCCCUGUAGAAUGGAGGAAGGGAACACAGGUGCUGAAGUCUGGAGAAAAGUACCAGAUGAAGCAGAAAGAAUCUGUGAGUGAACUCCUGAUCAGCAAAGUAGUACCCGAGGACAGUGGAGACUACAGCUGUGUGUGUGGAGAACAGAAGACUACAGCCAGUCUCAAGAUUAAGGCCCAACCUGUGACCUUCAAACACAAGCUGGAGAGCCAGAAGGCUGAGGAAGGGGGCAGUGUUACCCUGCACUGUGAGCUCUCUAAACCUGGAGUCCAUGUAGAAUGGAGGAAGGGAACACAGGUGCUGAAGUCUGGAGAAAAGUACCAGAUGAAGCAGAAAGAAUCUGUGAGUGAACUCCUGAUCAGCAAAGUAGUACCCGAGGACAGUGGAGACUACAGCUGUGUGUGUGGAGAACAGAAGACUACAGCCAGUCUCAAGAUUAAGGCCCAACCUGUGACCUUCAAACACAAGCUGGAGAGUCAGAAGGCUGAGGAAGGGGGCAGUGUUACCCUGCACUGUGAGCUCUCUAAACCUGGAGUCCAUGUAGAAUGGAGGAAGGGAACACAGGUGCUGAAGUCUGGAGAAAAGUACCAGAUGAAGCAGAAAGAAUCUGUGAGUGAACUCCUGAUCAGCAAAGUAGUACCCGAGGACAGUGGAGACUACAGCUGUGUGUGUGGAGAACAGAAGACUACAGCCAGUCUCAAGAUUAAGGCCCAACCUGUGACCUUCAAACACAAGCUGGAGAGUCAGAAGGCUGAGGAAGGGGGCAGUGUUACCCUGCACUGUGAGCUCUCUAAACCUGGAGUCCCUGUAGAAUGGAGGAAGGGAACACAGGUGCUGAAAUCUGGAGAAAAGUACCAGAUGAAGCAGAAAGAAUCUGUGAGUGAACUCCUGAUCAGCAAAGUAGUACCCGAGGACAGUGGAGACUACAGCUGUGUGUGUGGAGAACAGAAGACUACAGCCAGUCUCAAGAUUAAGGCUCUGAAGUAUUCAGUUCCUCCAGUAACUCCCAAACAGGAGGAGCCCCAGAAGGAGAAGGCCAAAAAGGAAGAAGCUCCUCCAGUCACUCACAAACAACAGGAGACCCAGAAGCAGCAGGACACCAAAGAGGCCCAGAAAGAGACAGUAGAAAGGAAGACAGUAGUAGAAGCCCAUGUCUCGGAGCCAGCGACCCCUAUUGCUCCUGCAACCACCAAAAUGGAUCCCCAGAAGGAGACAUUAGAGAAGAAAACCGUAGUAGAAGCCUCUGUCUCUAAGCCUGUUGUAGAAAAGAAGAUCGUAGAAGCCCCUGCCUUUAAGCCUGCUGCUCCUGCCACCCCCAAACUGGAGCUCCAGAAGGAGGAGACCGUAGAAAAUAAGACUGUUGCAGACGCUCAGGCUCUUCCAGCCACAUUCAAACACGAUCUUGAGAGCCAGGAGGUUGAGGAGGGGGGCAGUGUUACCCUGCACUGUGAGCUCUCUAAACCUGGAGUCCCUGUAGAAUGGAGGAAGGGAACACAGGUGCUGAAGUCUGGAGAAAAGUACCAGAUGAAGCAGAAAGAUUGCAGUGUGAAACUACAAAUCUGUAAUUUGAAACCUGAAGACACAGGAAACUACCACUGCAGCACUGGAGACCUAGAGAGCUCAGCAUACCUGAAAGUCAAUGCUCUCCCAGUCAUAUUCACCAAAGAUCUGCAGAGCCAGGAGGCUGAGGAAGGGGGCAGUGUUACCCUGCACUGUGAGCUCUCUAAACCUGGAGUCCCAGUAGAAUGGACGAAGGGGGAGGUGGGUCUCUGCCCCUGUGCCAAGUAUGAAAUCGUCCAGGAAGGGCACAGCGCCAGACUAGUCAUCCACAGCUUAGACCCUGAAGACUCAGGCAGCUAUACUUGUGACAGUGGCGACCGGAAAACCACAGCAAACCUUUCUGUGAAGGCCCUGCCUGUUUACUUCAAAACCCCACUACAGAAUCUAGAGUGGGACGCAGGUGAGAUCGCCAUCCUCCGCUGUGAGAUCACAAAUCCUGUGGCCAGCGUUGUCUGGAGCCGGGGCGACAGAGUCUUGGAGUCUAACAACAAGUAUCAGCUGAAACAGGAAGGUGCCAUAGUGAAGCUUAUCAUCUAUAACCUACAAGGGGCUGACUCUGGGGAGUAUAUCUGUGACACAGGUUACCAGAAGACCUCAUCCAUGCUCACUGUACAGGAGCUGGAGGUGAUCAUAGUGAAGGUCUUGAACAGCUGCUCGGUGCGCGAGGGGGAGGACGUUCACUUUGAGUGCCAUCUGUCCCACGAGGAUGCCAAGGAGGUCCAGUGGAAGCUUGCGGAUGUCCCUCUGCAGAACAAUGAAAUGAAUCUGAUCCGCAGCCAAGGCAAGGUGCACAGCCUCACCCUCAGGGGGGUCACCCAGGCCGACUCGGCCACAGUCGCUUUUACCGUGGGCCACCAUACCUCCACCGCCAGCCUGACCGUCCGAGGGGCCCCUGUGGUGUUCAAGAAGGAGCUGGAGAGCCAGGAAGCAGUUGAGGGGGGCAGUGUCUCCCUGACCUGUGAGAUCAGUGCUGAGGGCAAGGUGACCUGGAGAAGGGGCUCCGUGCUCCUCACCCAGGGGGAGAAGUAUUCCAUGGAGCACACAGGUUCUACCUACAUCCUGAUGGUUCACAAGCUGAAGGUCGAGGAUGCUGGAGAGUACACCUGCGAUACUGGGGAUAAGCAGAGCACGGCCACCCUGACAGUCAAAGAGUCUGUACGCAUCACUCGGGAGCUGCACGACAUCACAGUGACCACCGGGCAGGAUGCUGUCUUUGUGUGUGAGUUGUCCCAGGAGGGCGUAACCAAUGGAGAGUGGUGGCUAGGGGAUAACCUCCUCCAGAACAACGACCUGAACCAGAUGACCUUCCAGGGCCGGGUGCACCGGCUGACACUGCAGAUGGUCACCACUGAUGAGUCAGGGGACGUGGCGUUUGUGGUGGGCGAAGAGAAGACCGUCGCCUGCCUACUGGUGGAAGAGAAGCCCAAAGUCUUAAUCCUAGAGAAGCCUCAUGACACAGUGGCCCUGGAGGGUGAGACAGUCACCCUGUCCUGCACCGUCUCCGACCCCACGGCCACUAUCAACUGGAGCAGGAAUGAUGUUGCAAUCAAAGCAGGCCUCAAGUACGACCUGCGGAAGAAUGGAGCUCUCAUGCAGCUCCGUAUCCACAACCUGGACAUGGAGGACUCUGGAACUUACUGCUGCGAUACCGGGGAUGCACAGUGCACCGUCACAUUGACUGUGGAAGGUGCCCCGGCAUUCUUCCAGAAGGAGCUGAAGAACAAGGAAGCCCAGGAAGGCGAUGAUAUCACUCUGCGCUGUGAGCUCUCCAAGGCGUGCACUCAAGUGGAAUGGAGGAAGGGAGGCAUGGUCCUCCAGGCUGGUAAGAAGUAUGAGAUGAGGCAGGAGGGCUGCGUUCAGGAGCUCCGCAUUCGUAACCUGGAGCCAGAGGACAAUGGCUACUACACCUGCGAUGCUGGAGACCAGCUCACCACGGCGUCGGUGGCAGUGCAAGAGGCAGAAGUCCUCAUAGUGUGUGGUCUAAAGAGCACCGAUGUCUUUUUGGGCGAGUGGGCCACCUUCUCCUGCCAGCUGUCCCGCGGUGUGAGGCCCGGGGAGGUGCAGUGGUGGCUGGACGGGACCCUUCUCCAGGACAGCCCCUCCAGCGAGAUAGGGCUGAGCCAGGGCCACGUCCACACCCUCACCCUAAAGGACCUGGCCCCGGACGCCUCGGGCACCGUCACGUUCAAAGCCUGCAGCCUGGUGUCCUACGCCAAGCUCUUAGUUAAAGACCCCACAGUAGAGGUGGUGAGCGAGAUGCAGGACCUGCGGGUGGCUGAGGACAAGCCGGCUGAGUUCAUCUGCCAGUACUCCCGGCCGGUCCAGGCCCAGUGGAAGAGAGACGGUUGGCCAUUGCAGCCUGACGGCCAGAGGGUGGUAGUGGAGCAGGACUGGACCGUGGCUCGCUUGUACAUUAGCCACGUGUCCACUGAGGACAGGGGGAGAUACUCCUGUGAGGCAGAGGGGACCUGUGUGGUUGCCUUACUGGAGGUGGAAGCCAAAUCCAUUGAAAUCCUACAAGGCUUGGAGAACAUGGACACCAUUGACGGCGGGGAGGCCCUAUUCGAGUGCUCUAUCUCUCGUUGCGAGAUCAAAGACUGCCGCUGGCUGAUCGGGGGCAAGCCGGUGAAGGAGUCGCCCACCACGGAGAUCGUGUCCUUCGAAAGUGGACGCCGCCACCUCUUGCUGCUCAAGGAUCUGCACGUUGGAGACAGCUGCAAAGUUACUUUCCAAGCCGGCACCGCAACAACCUCUGCCAUGCUCAACGUCAAAGGCUGGCAGCUGGAUGUGGUGAGUGGUCUGGAGGACAAGGUAGCUGUGGUGGGAGAGACUCUCGAGUUCAGCUGCAUGCUGACUGAGCCUGUGCCUGAGGCGGAGGUAGCCUGGUACUCUAACGGAGCCGAGCUAAAGGCUGAUGACACCUGGGGCAUGAGGGCUGACGGCUGCUCCUACCACCUGGUGCUUAGACAGGCACCAGCCAUGCCACCACAGGAGAUCACCUUCGCUGCCAGGGACGCCAUCUCCAUGGCCAAGCUCACCAUCAUCACUGUUCCUGACCCCCCGGAGGACCCAGAGCUGGUCAGUAAGAGUAAGCAGGCGGUGACCCUGUCUUGGUUCACACCCCUCAGCAACGGAGGCAGCCCUAUUUUGGGCUACAGGGUGGAGAUGAGGCUGGCGGACAGUGUCCUCUGGCUGCCGUGCCAUGCAGAGCCUGUGUGUAACACAGAGUUCUCUGUGGAUAACCUCAUCCCAGGGAGCGGCUACAGGUUCAGGGUGGCAGCCAUCAAUAGAGCUGGGACAGGAGAACCUGUCCAGCUGCCUCAGAGCGUUCAGCUGGAGGCUCCAGUGACAGUGACCCAACAGUUGGCCUGUCCAGACCUGCAGGAGGGUAAGAUGGCCCGUGUGGAGUGUGACCUCUCUGCUGAGGGCAGCUCGGUCACCUGGCUCAAAGACAACAAGGAGCUGGAGUAUGGAGUAAAAUACCAGGUCACCACAGAGGGCAAGACACAAGUGCUGCUGAUCAAAGACUUUGAGUCUGCUGACCAGGGUGUGUACACCUGUGUGGCCUCAGACGAGGCAGAAAGCUCCCUUAAUCUCAACCUACCAAAAGGUGGAGAUGGGGUUCAGUUGGAGGAGGGGGCCCAGCCCAGCCUGCCUCCUGAGGCUGCCUCCGAGGGUGACGUCCAUGCACUGUGGGAGGACCUGGCCAAGAAACGCCGCAUGAGCCGAGAGCCCACCCUUGACUCCAUCUCUGAGCUGCCUGAUGAGGAGGACAAGGAGCCCAAGACACCCAAGGGACCAGUCAAGGAGAAGAAAGCCCCGGAGAAGGUGGGGGUGAAAGCCCUGGAGAAUGAGAAAGUUGAUGUGAAAGCCCCGGAGAAGGAGAAAGUGAAGGUGAAAGCACCAGAGAAACAGAAGGUGAAAGAAAAGGAAAAGGUCGUAGAGCAUGUCAUCGUCCCUAAGAAGAAGGUGUUGGAGCCAAACUUGUACACCAGCUCUGAGGAUGAGUCCAGGCCUCCAACACUGGUUUCCUACCUGAAGAAGAGCAGCAAGUCCUCCCUCUCUGUGUGUGACCAGACAGAGUCCAUCUCCACUGAGAAGUUCUACGCACAGUUCAAGUUGAAAGAGGAGACCACAGUCCAACAGACUUCAUCUUCAGUACAGCAGAUCACAGCACAGACCACAGACAUCACGGAGGUCGGUGAUGAGGAGGACGAAGAAAAGGGGCUGCUGGAUGCUGCUGUAAAGAUCCAGGCUGCCUUCAAGGGGUACAAAGCCCGCAAGGACAUGCGUCCAGUCUUCAAGGACGUCUUCAAGGACCAGACCAAGGAACCCAAUGGCACCAUCCACCUGGAGUGUGUGGCGGAAGGCAAGCCAGAGAAGGUGCGCUGGUUGAAGGAUGGGGAGCACCUGGCGGACGGCAAGCACCACCACAUUGACAUCUACAACGAUGGCACCUGCUCUCUGGUAAUCACCGCCGUAACCACCAAGGACACGGGCGUCUACACCUGUGAGGUCACCAACAAGUUUGGGGUGACCACCCACAGCGGCAAGGUGACGGUGGGCUCGGCGCGGGAGGCAUCUGGAAGGAGGCCCCUGACCAUGGGCUACAGUGCCGACAGCGAGGCGGAGAGCUCGUCGGCAGAAAGUGAGAUGGACGAGUCUCUGAGGCAGGCUAGCAAACGGCUUCGCCGCCUCCUCCGCACACGCCUGCCGGCCACGUCGGAGGAGGAGUCGUUUGUCAGCUGUGAUGAUGAGGCUGAGCUGCAGGCCCCCGACCCCAAAUCGUACCGCGAGGACGAGCGAUACAUCUACAUCCGCUUCGACAAGCGGUCUGAGGCCCAGGUGGCGUCUCAGCGCUUCAAAGAGAUGUUCACAGCCCAGGGGGUCCCUGUGGAGACCACCAUCCAGGAGGCUGGACCUCUCAAAGUGGAGCUGCGCAUCAUGAAGAUGGGAUACACUCAAGAUGGCUCUGCAACACCCACACAGGAGAAGCAGCUGCCUGCGUUCAUGACAGGAGCCCCCGCUGCCCCAGUCUUCCUGACUGAACUCCAGAGCCAGGACGUGCCAGACGGUUACCCGGUCAGCUUUGACUGCGUGGUGAUUGGGAAGCCUCCACCCAGUGUGCGUUGGUUCAAGGAUGGUAAACUGCUGGAGGAGAACGACCACUACAUGAUCAACGAGGAUCAGGAGGGCUGCCACCAGCUCAUCAUCACCACCGUGCUGCCCUCUGACAUGGGCGUCUACCGCUGUAUGGCUGAGAACACCAGCGGCAUCGCUGCCACCAAGGCUGAGCUCAGGGUCGACAUGUCUUGCAGCUCAGACUACGAUACUGCAGCUGAUGCCACUGAGACCGGCUCCUAUAUCAGUGCCAAGGGUUACAUGUCUAGGGAAACGGAAGCCUUUGAGUCUGUGGUAGAGGAUGAGCAGAUGCCACAAGUACUGGAUGAACUCCAUGAUGUGCACGUCAGCCCAGGCUCACCCAUCGCUAAGAUGCAGCUGAAAGUCAAAGGGUUCCCUAGUCCAAGGGUGUACUGGUUCAAGGACGGCCACCCGCUGCGUUCCUCAGACAGGAUCCUGCUGCUGGACAAGCGAGACAUCCACAGCCUGGAAGUCCUGGAGGUGAAGAGGGAGGACACAGGAGAGUACUCUGCCUACAUCAGCAACGCUGCUGGAACAGCAUACUCCUCUGCUAGGCUGCUGGUUCUGGGUCCAGGAGAGCUCACGCCUAUAGAGAAGCACGAUCCCAAGGUGCCUCUGGUGCCGCCCCGCUUCCUGGAGAGGUUCAGCAACAGGAAGGUGAAACAGGGAGCCAGCGUCACCAUGUCUGUCCGAGUGGAAGGUUCUCCCACCCCAAUGGUGAUGUGGUUGAAAGAGGAGUCUGCUGAGGACGUGUUGUGGAUCAAGCCAGACACUAAGGGCUACAAGGUGGCCAGUUCUGGGCGCCAACACAGUCUCAUCCUGAUGGAUGUGGGCUCUAAGCAUGCAGGCACAUACACCUGCAUCGCCACCAACAAGGCCGGACAGUCCAUUUGCACUGCCCAAUUUGAAGUGGAGGAUGGUGAGAAACUGAACGAUAUACUGUACUUGGUUUGUUUGUUUGGAUCCCCAUUAGCUGUUACAAUAGCAACAUUUCUUGAGUCCACAAUACAUAUUAGGGAAACAGCAAAACAUACUGACACUUGUGAAGUUGGAACAGAAGAGUUCCUUAUGAAGCUCACCUCCCAGAUCACGGAAAUGGUAUCUGCCAAGAUCAGCCAAGCCUCACUACGUGUCCCGGGAGGCGAUAGUGACGACGAGACCAAGACACCCUCCGCCUCACCACACCACGGUCGCUCUCGCCCCGGCUCCAUUCUCGCUGACUCCUCCUCUGAGUCUGACGACCCUGAUGCCAGGGGAGAGAUGUUUGACAUCUAUGUGGCUACGGCUGACUACAACCCCACCAUCCCCAACAAAGAUACCAUUUCCCUGAAGGAGGGCCAGUAUGUUGAGGUUCUGGACUCGGCACAUCCACUCAAAUGGCUGGUCCGGACCAAACCCACCAAAACCACUCCAUCCCGCCAAGGCUGGGUCUCAUCUGCCUACCUGGAUAAAAAACUCAAGCUGUCUGAUGUUGCUGGUGACAUCCCAGAGGGAGGUGGAGAAGAGGUCUCAGAAGGAGAGUACAAGAAGAGACUACUCCAACUGAUUCAAGACCUGAUCAACAGCGAGGUAGAGUUUGUCAAAGAGAUGGACUUCUUCACUUCCCACCACGUCAAGCAAGUGGAGAGCCUUGACGCCCCAUCUGACGUCACCAGCCAGAAGGAGGCCAUAUUCAGGAACAUCAACGAGAUCAAGGCCUUCCAUAGCGAGUCCAUGCUCCCUAAGUUGAGCCACUGUGACACUGAUGACGACGUGGCCAUGCGCUUCCUAAGGAGUGGCGAGGGCUUUGAGAAAUACCUACAGUACCUUGUAGGCCAGCAAAAGGCAGAGGCCGCUAUCAGUGACAAGACCGUACACCACUUCUUCAAGGAAUACACAGACAAAGAACAGGCCAGUGCCGACCCUGCUGAAGGUCCUGUACUGAGCAUCAACGCCUACCUACAGAAACCUCUGGACAGAAUCCAGAAUUACAAAGCCUUGCUCAAGGAGCUGAUCAGGAACAAGGCCAGGAACGGUCAGAACUGCUGCCUGCUGGAAGAGGCCUAUGCCAUGGUUUCAUCACUGCCUCAGCGUUCAGAGAACACACACCACGUCUCCAUGAUAGAGAACUACCCUGCCACUCUGGAUGUAUUGGGGGAGCCCAUCAGACAGGGACCCUUCAUGGUGUGGGAGGGUGCACCUGGGGUAAGGUCCUCUUCCAGAGGUCACCAUCGACACGCGUUCCUCUUCAAAAACUAUGUCAUCAUCUGCAAAUCCAAGAGAGACACCAACACAGACACCCAGGGCUACGUCUUUAAGAACAUGAUGAAGCUGAACAACAUAGAUGUGAAUGAGACAGUGGAGGGUGACGACCGGGCCUUUGAGAUCUGGCACGAGCGUGAGGACUCUGUCAGGAAGUACACCCUUCAGGCUCGCACCGUCAUCAUCAAGAACUCCUGGCUGCGAGACCUCAGGGAGCUGCAGCAGCGCUACACCAUGCCUGCCUGGAGUAUGCCUGACUUUGAUGAGCUUCUGGCUGACUGCACAGCGGAGCUGAGACAGACGGUGAAACUGGCCUGCAAGGUUACUGGAGUACCCAAACCUGUGGUCACCUGGUACAAGGACGGGCGUGCAGUGGAGGCCGACCCUCACCACAUCAUUAUCGAGGACCCUGACGGUUCCUGCACCCUGAUCCUGGACAACAUGACGGCUGAUGACUCUGGACAGUACAUGUGCUUCGCCACUAGCACAGCAGGCAACGCCAGCACCCUGGGAAAGAUCACUGUCCAAGUGCCUCCUCGUUUCUUGAACAAGAUGAGGAAUGCUGUCUUAAUCGUUGGUGAGGAUGCUCAGUUUUCCUGCACCAUCCAGAGCGCCCCCAGACCCAAGAUCAGGUGGUUCAAGGAGGGCAGGCUGCUGACUGACCAGGAGAAGUAUCAGACCUACACUGAGUCCCGUAGUGGAGUCCUGGUGCUGGUCAUUAAAGGGCCUACGGAGAGAGACCUGGGACACUACGAGUGUGAGUUGUCCAAUCGACUGGGCAGUGCUAAAUGUGCAGUUGAUCUGUGCCUUCCUUCUGCUGUGGCUAGAAGAGGAGAGCAGGCGAUCACCAUCGAAGUCACUGAGCAGGAGACUAAAACACCAAAGAAAACCAUCAUCAUAGAGGAGACCAUAACUACGGUGGUGAAGAACACCCGUAUGAAGCGUCGCGGCAUGUCUCCAUCUGGGUUCAACCGCUCCCAAACCACCACCCCAGAUCUCCCCACCACCCCCACCGGCACGGCCAGGCAGAGGAGGCAGGUUUCUGCCAGCAGGAAGACCACCAUCCCCACCCUGUACGUCACAGAGCCCGAGGGGGGUGCUGGGGCCCGGGCCGCAGAGAACAGGUGGGUAGAGGUAGAGGAAAUCAUUGAGUACAAGGUCAACAAGUCGCCCAGGCUAUCCAGGAGAAGAGGGAUCUCCCCAGCUGGGUCGGAGCGAGCGAACACCCCCUCCUUCACCCGGCCACGGAGGUCCCCGAACCCCAACACCAACAAUUCCAACAACAAGCUGGUAGAGCUGCAGAACUCCUCCGACCUGGAGGGGGCUCAGCCUAUAACCUGGGAUGAUGAUGAGGAGGAUGAGAACGUGGCUGGGUCCGAGGUCGCCCCUGGACUCAGUGGAGAGGCCUACGAGGUCUCCUCUGUUCUAAUCCCUAACCACCAUGAACAUGAUGAGGCCUGGCUAGAGGAGCAGCAAGAGGCCUUUGUCACAGAACCGGAUGAUGAUGAUGAUGAUAACAUGGAACCUCCCAGGAAGCUGGAGCCUAAGACCCUGACCCAGGCCGGUCGCGUUCUCACCCUGGAGGACUUGGAGGACUAUGUUCCCAGGGAGGGGGAUACCUACGGCUCCUCCAACACCAGGCCUUCCCCUGCCGAGAGACCCUGUGAGAUCUCUGUGCUUCAGAGGGAGAUUGGGGGCUCUGUCGUGGGCCAGCCAGUGCUGCUCAAUGUGGGGAGGCCUGUGGUUGUGCCCAGGGGGAGGCGCAGCCCUGGCUUCUUCAGCCGCUUUAGAGAGUACCUCUCAGGCAGCAUGUUCUCCCUGGCUGCCCCCCACCACCACCACCCCAGCUUAGGCCAGUCUAGAAGGGAGAGAGAGAUUCCCAUCCAGGUCAGCCAUGCUAAGCAAGAGGUCAAGCCUGCAUACUGCUCUGAGGUGCAGAGAGUGGAGGGAGGGCAGCAGAGAUACAAAACCAAAGUCUACACGUCAGUGGACAAGCCAGUCACUCUUCAGAUUAGCCAGAACCCAUAUCAAAACCAAUAACCUAGUGUGUGAAAAUCAGUUGCUUGAUUAGAACCAAGCAGAUUUUUGUUAAUUGGUGAUACGUACAAUAGCCGUUUUAGUC